CUCUCUGUCAGUCUCUUUUUUCGGAAGUCUAGAUAGUUGUCUUAGAUUGAGCUAUUCAGUGCUGUACAUAGGCAGCCCGAGCGAUCCAUUGCAAUCGCUUCCCAGCAGUGCAGGUAAUUGACACUGAGCAACACGUGCUCCAGAACGAGAAAGCAUGGCUGCUCACCGGCCGAAAACAUUGAAGAUAGUAAUCCUCGGUGACUCUGGAGUGGGAAAGACUUCCUUAAUGAAUCGCUAUUCGACUGGGAAAUUCACCGGACAGUACAAAGCUACAAUCGGGGCCGACUUUUUAACCAAACAGGUCGUCGUUACGGACGCCUUUGGCCAGAGGCAUGUUGUCAUGUUACAGAUAUGGGAUACAGCAGGCCAAGAAAGGUUCCAAUCCUUGGGCGUAGGAUUUUAUCGGGGAGCCGAUGCGGCUUUGCUCUGCUAUGACGUAACUGACCUGCACAGUAUCGAUAAUCUUAAUCACUGGCGACAGGAAUUUCUCGAUCAAGUGGGCGGGAGCAUGAUGGUACCUGGUCUUAGUGAGACAGCUGCGCAAUUUCCAUUCGCAGUCUUGGGCAACAAAGUCGACAAGGUCAACGACCGAUUGGUACCAUUAGCUCGUGCCGAACAAUGGUGCCGAGAUGCAGCCGGUGCACACUCCAUGGGCAGCAUACCUUUUCCACAUUUUGAAACCUCUGCCAAGACUGCCGUAAAUGUCGAUGAAGCGUUUCAUGAAGUGGCACGGCUUGCUUUGCAAUACGAAGACUACAAACGGCGGUCGCAACCGCCGCAACUUUUUGUGCCGCCGUCCGUUCCGCCGAUCGAUUUGCGCCGACAAACGAGUAGCACCUACGAAGAACGAAACGAUACGUGCUGCUAA